AUGUUUGUCUUUGGUAUCGUCUACACGUACUACAAGAGGAUCUACUUGCCAUCUCGGCGUGCGAGUGCGAAUGGUAUAAACGGAGAGGAGCAGCAGGUCACUGACGAGGGCAUCCCUGUCGCGAUCUCCCUCACUCCAAUGCCUCAGUAUCCCGACGUGAAUGGGGAUGAUCAGAGCGUGCUUGCCAACGUACUCGAGCUGAACCCGCAGCAAGCUCACGCCUACUGCGGCCUAGACCCUCCUAACAAGACCUGA